AUGAUAGAGUCGCAGCUGAUGCUCGAGGAUCUUCUGUACGACCUUCUGCCAGUGCUUGGCUUCGUGCUUUUUGGUUCCAGUAUUCUGAUUUUGGUCGUUAUGCGCAAAUCAACGGGAGCGUUCCGAUUUACCGUCUGGUUCGCUGUAAACGAUCUCCUUGUGGGAUUAGCGACCAUCUAUGCUGGUUUCUAUGGAGUAGUCUUAACAAUUUAUGGUAAAAGUGGAGAGAUGGUUACACCGAGCAGAUGCUUACUGCCUGCUAUUCACGUUCCUGCAUGGUUAUUCUUCGAUGUCUUUCAUUUGCUAUUACUUUUGAUGUUUUGCUUCGAUAGACUUAUGUUGAUGUUUGUGCCCGUGGCAUACUCAAGGGUCUCCGCCGUCUACCUGAAUUGGGCAAUUUUCUUCAUUCUUUUCGUCGCCAGUGGCGCUUUUGUAUCACCCGCAUUUGCUCUUUCUAUAGAGUCGCUCCGCAACGAGUCGAUAGUAAUUCCAUCCAUUUGUCGACUAGCUGACGUUACUGGAGAAAAUUACUACCUCAUGCACACGUUGGCGAUGCAAUGGGUGCCAUUAGCUGGAAUGGCUUGUGUGAUGCUAUCAUUGCUAAUGUAUGGAAUUAGACGUACAAGGCAAAAGUGGUCCUACAACUGGUCUGAAGAAUCGGAAAAUUCAAAGCAGCUAUACGUCGCAAUCUUUCUACGAUGUCUCCUUAUGGUAUUUUCGGUGCAUGUUCCACUUCUUUUCCUGUAUCGUACUCCAUCAAUGAAUCAGCUUGACGAUAUCAAAGACUUUCUUGUAAGGAUUCCAUACUAUACAUUCGUUGGAGCCUUACAACCUCUUUGGUACGUGCUCGCGAUGCCAGAAUUCUCUAACAAUAUUCGUCUUCUUUUCAACCAAUACGGACAGAAUACAGAAAGGAAGUGGCAGAGUGCAGAUGAUCCGCCUCAAAGCGUAGAUAAUAUGGAUCCCCAUGGAGAUGUAAAUCCAUGGGGAUCAUGGUAUUCAUCAGCAGGUAACGUGACUGGAGAAGCCGGUUUACCUCUUGGAAACGAAAGAAGCAUAAGUUUCUACUAUGAAGGCCAAUAG